AUGCUAACAUACUCAAACUUAUGCAAUCAAUAUCGAUUAGAUUCGGAAUUUCGAUCGUCUCUACAAUGUUUUUCGUAUUUCUUAGCAAUUUCACUCGUGUUAAUAUGGCUCCCAUAUUUCUUGUGCCUUCCCAUAUCAGCCAUUUGCUUUUAUAUUUUGUAUAACAAGACAACAAAGCUUGGACUGAAACAUGCGUUCACCAUGCAGGCAGCUUUUCUAGGCUGGACGACUGGAUCAUCAGCCUUAUUAUUCUUCAUAUUAAACAGACCAUCUUUUUCCACAUUUUUCGCCUACUCCUUCAUUCUUUCUGUUUUUCAUUUUUCUGAGUUUGUCUUCACAGCGAUAACAAAUAGGCGAUCGCUUCAGCCUGAUUCAUUUCUUCUGAAUCAUUCGCACGCGUAUUGGAUAGCAGCAAUCAGCAGUUGGUUCGAAUUUUUCCUCGAGGCUUACUACGUGCCUGCUGUGAAAGGAGGAUGGGUUUGUUUUCUGGGUUUCCUCUUGUGUUGCCUUGGAGAAUUCAUCCGCAAAUCGGCCAUGGUUCAAGCUGGUGUUGGAUUCACCCAUAAAUUGGCAAUGCGUAAAAGAGAAGAUCAUGUCCUCGUAGUAACAGGUGUUUAUGCUUGGAUGAGACACCCCGGCUAUUGCGGCUGGUUUCUCUGGAGCGUAGGAACUCAAUUAAUCUUAUGUAAUCCGUUUUGUGCAUUGGCGUAUGCUUACGUAUCGUGGAAGUUCUUCCACGACAGAAUUUUUGAAGAGGAACGGGAUUUGAUCCAAUUCUUCGGACAGGAUUAUAUGGAAUAUCAGGAUAAAGUUUGUAGUGGUGUUCCUUUUGUAACGGGUUACUUACUGACUACCUAA